UGGCGGCGGCGGUCAGCGGCACGCGCCCGGCGAUGUCGUUAUAAGACUCCUCGCGUGCCGGCCCGCCGCGCCAGCCGGCUCCGGCCUCCUCCCCGGAGAGCGGCGGCAGCGGCCCGGCCUCCCGGCCACCCAGGGGCGGGGAGGGCAGGGCAGGGGCGGGGGCCCCGCCGCCGCCGGGGCGGCUCGGCGAGCGGGCCGGCGGGAGCGGCUGCAGGCGCGUCCCGGCGGGGCUGCCCCCCCCCUCCCCGUGCCGCCCCGCGCCGCCCCGUCCAGUCCCGUCCCCGCCGGGGCCGGGCGCAGCAUGGAGACGGUGCUGCUGGAGCACUUCCCCGGGGGGCUGGACUCCUUCUCCUCGCCCCCAUACUUCGACGAGGAGGACUUCUUCCCCGAGCCGCCCCCGCGGGACGCGCUGGCCGCCGACGGGCUGCUGGAGCCGGACGUGGACUUCCUCAGCCGGCAGCUGCAGGAGUACUACCGCGACGGCGGCGACCCCGAGGGCGGCUACCGCUGCCCGGCGCCGGCCGCCACCUUCCCGCCGUCGCCCGCUUCGCCCGGUUUCGCCUACGAGUGCUGCGGGGCGGCGGGCGCGGCGCUGCUGUCCCCCGGGGGGCGGCUCCAGGCGCUGGGCUCAGCCAAGCGGCGGCGGCGGGUGCGCUCCGAGGCGGAGCUGCAGCAGCUCCGGCAGGCCGCCAACGUGCGGGAGCGGCGGCGGAUGCAGUCCAUCAACGACGCCUUCGAGGGGCUGCGCUCGCACAUCCCCACCCUGCCCUACGAGAAGCGGCUCUCCAAGGUGGACACGCUGCGCCUGGCCAUCGGCUACAUCAACUUCCUCAGCGAGCUGGUGCAGUCCGACCUGCCGCUGCGCAGCGCCAGCAGCGAGAGCCCCAGCCAGCCCAAGAAAAUCAUCAUCUGCCACCGCGGCACAAGAUCUCCCUCCCCGAGCGACCCCGACUACGGACUCCCCCCUCUGGCCGGUCACUCGCUGUCGUGGACUGAUGAAAAGCAACUCAAGGAACAAAACAUCAUCCGGACAGCCAAAGUGUGGACCCCCGAGGACCCGCGGAAGGUGAACAACAAAUCCUCUCUCAACGACAUCGAGAACGAGCCCCCCUUCGACUUCGUGGCGUGAGGCGCCGUGCGGGUGGCCCCCGCCCCGCCUUGUACAUGCUGUAUUUAGAGACCUAUAUUGUAAAUGUAAUUUAAGAUUCAGACUCUAAGGGCAAUCAACUUUAUUUAUCUAUUUAUUACGGAGUAGUGACAAUGAGGUAGAAUCGUCUGUUUUGAAUAUAUAAUUUAUAUAAUUUAUCGUGAUUUUUUUAAGAUAUGCAAUAGGUUCAUUCCACCAGCACCUUUUUUUUUUGGGGGGGGGGGAAUAAUGCCAGAACCUGUGAAAAUAAUUUAUUGCCGCACGCGCACUCUUCCUGUGUUUGUUAAUAAUAAACCCGGAUUGU